AAAACUCACACCUUUUCAAUACGAGAGAGAGAGAGAGAGAGAGAGAUGGAGUUCUCUUCUUCUUCUUCGGAAACGGAGUGCUUCACGCCCAAUUCGAUCCUAUCGGAAGGCAAAAAGCCCAGGACGAAGAAGAAUGCCAAGAAACAGCAGCGCAAAAAGCCGAUUGAGGACGAGCCCUGGCCGCGGAGGAGCAAGAGUGGGGUGAUGUUGGAGGGCUACGUUGAUGUAUCGGAUGGGUCCGAUACCAAAUCAGAUGGCGGGGAUGGAUUGGUGGGCAGGACGAAGAGCCUCACCGGAGAGGAUCUUGAGGAGCUCAAGGGUUGCCUUGAUCUUGGCUUUGGUUUUAGCUACGAUGGUAUCCCUGAGCUUUGUGGCACUCUCCCUGCUCUUGAACUUUGUUAUUCUCUUUCUCAGCGGUUCCUUGAUGAGCAGCAGCAGCACCAGCAGCAGAAUCCCAGCGAGCCUUGUUCUUCGCCCUCACCAUCUACUCCUCUGGCUAAUUGGAAGAUCUCCAGCCCUGGGGAUCAUCCUGAAGAUGUUAAAGCAAGGCUGAAGUAUUGGGCUCAAGCAGUGGCUUGCACUGUCAGAUUGUGCAGCUAACAAGCUAAGCAACUUGAAUUACCAUGAAAAAACCAAUCCGUUUCUGGUUUAAUACUCUUAAAAAAAUGCUGCAAUUCUAUUGCCCAUGAAGGCUUCAAAGGAGGAAGAGAAACUGAAAAUGAUUUGAGGCCUGAGGAGAACAUCAGUUUAUUACCAUGUUUAACUAGUAUCAUUGCGGCCGAUCUUUUACUUUGGAUUAAGAUGAAUAAUUGAUAUCUUUUCUCUUUUUUAGUUAUGUUAGUUUAGGUACAUGUUCUUGUACUACAUGUAUACCAGUUUUGAUGUGAAUAUGAGCACUCUUUUGAUUCUCAUUGUGUUUUCAUUAGCCAUGGCUAUUUUUUCCGAUCUUUUGGUCGGGUUAUAGCUUCAUGGUGAAAAUGUAUUUUUAUGAUUGAGGAUCUUAAUUUCUAGACUUAAAUGUUGGGUUUUUUUUAA